AUAUUACCCCCAACCAAAAACAACUCUCUCACAAGCAGAAGCAAUGGAGCUCCCAGCUGCUCUUCCCCCUUCAUGGCGACGCCUCUACCCCUCUCCUCUCCUUUUCCCCUACCACAUCAUCCCUGAAAACUAUGUCCAUUGGAUUGAGACCCCGGAGUCCCACAUUUUCUCAGUUGACCUCCCCGGUGUGAGGAAAGAAGAAAUAAAAGUGGAAGUAGAGGACUCGACGUACCUCAUAAUUCGAACAGUGGCAAUAGAUGAAUCUUCAGAGCCUGCGAAGAGCUUCAUGAGGAAGUUCCGGCUGCCGGGCAUGGUCGAUAUCGGUGGAAUUUCUGCCGGGUAUGAAAAUGGGGUCCUGACCGUUACAGUACCAAGAUCUUUUAGGAGGAGAGAGUUCCUUAUCGAUCCGGCAGACGCGCCAGCGAGGGUAGAGAUUGCUGCACGAGCUGCUUGAGUUGAAACAUGGUGUCUUGCCUUGGUGGUGUGUGUUGGAUUUGGAGUUCUUAUUAUGUACAAAAAAAAAAAAAUUGUCACAAUUUUGUUGGUGUUUCUCUAGUUUCCUAAUUAAGAGAUAUUCAAUAUCUUGUUCCUUCAA